UUAAAAGGAGCACUUAAACCCCCUCAACGUUCUACGUCCAUGGAAGACGAGGAAGAAGAAGUUCUCUCGCUAUCCAAUCCUGAAGAUUCUAGCGAUGAAUAUUUCAUUGAUGAAGAAGAUGAGGAAGAUAAUGCCGUCAAAGACAGAAACGACGACGAUGACGAAGAGAUCGAUGAGGGAUCUCCUCCGCCGCCUGAUGAAGAUCGGAAAUCACAGAAUGUCGAUGCUCUCGUGAGAGGCAACCUUGUUGUGAGAAGACAGUCACUGCUUCCGCGAGUUCUUUCAGUGACAGAAGGAUCGGUUUUUUGUCGGAAGCCUUUUAAGCCACCCAGUUGUAAUGGCUAUGACGAUGGGAAUGAACAGCUUGCUCGUCGUCUUUGUGCCCGCAAACGGUUUGUUCCAUGGGGCUCUUCUAGGCCAGUGUUGGUUACAAUAACCAAUCAGUUGCAUGUACCAACAGUAGAGAAAGAUGCAGAAGAAGAAAGUGUGACUCUGCCACCUGGGGUUGAUCCUUUGGUUUUGUGGCAACCUGAUGAAUCUGAGGAUGGAAAUAAUUUGGUGCCUAUAAUGGUGGAUCCUUUGCUUGUGCGUUCCCUUCGACCUCAUCAAAGAGAAGGGGUUCAAUUCAUGUUUCAAUGUGUAUCAGGGUCAUAUACUGCAGCCAACAUGCAUGGAUGCAUCCUUGCUGACGAUAUGGGUUUAGGAAAGACGUUGCAGUCAAUUACUCUACUGUACACUCUUCUUCGUCAAGGAUUUGAUGGAAAACCGAUGGUUAGGAAAGCCAUCAUUGUCACACCGACCAGUCUUGUAAGUAAUUGGGAGGCUGAAAUAACAAAAUGGAUUGGACAACGAGUUCAGCUUAUAGCUCUCUGUGAAAGCACCAAAGAUGAUGUUGUUUCUGGAAUCAACAAUUUCACAAGCCCCCAGAGUUCUUUACAGGUAUUGAUUGUCUCAUAUGAAACAUUUCGAAUGCAUUCAUCAAAAUUUAGCCACAGUGGUUCUUGUGACCUUCUCAUAUGUGAUGAGGCACACAGGCUUAAAAAUGACCAGACAGCAACAAACCGGGCAUUGGCCGCUUUACCGUGCAAGCGCCGUAUUUUGUUAUCUGGAACUCCAAUGCAGAAUGACCUAGAAGAGUUCUUCGCCAUGGUUAACUUUACAAAUCCAGGAAUUCUGGGAGAUGCUUCGUAUUUUCGCCGUUACUAUGAGACACCAAUUAUUUGCGGUAGAGAACCAACUGCUACUGAAGAAGAGAAGAAGCUAGGUGCUGAGCGCUCUACAGAACUAAGUUUGAAAGUAAAUCAGUUUAUAUUGAGAAGGACCAAUGCGUUGCUAUCAAAUCACCUCCCACCAAAGAUAGUUGAAGUUGUUUGUUGCAAGUUGACUCCUUUGCAGUUGGUGCUGUAUAACCAUUUUUUGCACUCCAAAAAUGUUAAACAGGCAAUCACUGAAGAAGCAAAGCAAUCAAAGAUUUUGGCAUACAUUACCGCACUGAAAAAGCUCUGCAAUCAUCCAAAGCUUAUUUAUGAUACUGGAAAAAGUGGAAGUCCUGGAAUUUCAGGGCUCGAGGACUGUUUGCACUUUUUUCCUGCUGAGAUGUUCUCUAAGAGAUCUGGAUCAUGGACUGGUGGUGAUGGGGCUUGGGUUGAACUGUCAGGUAAAAUGCAUGUCUUGGCUCGACUACUGGCCCACCUACGUCAGAGAACUGACGAUCGGAUUGUUCUUGUCUCAAACUAUACCCAGACAUUGGAUCUUUUUGCUCAAUUAUGUCGUGAGAGAAGAUAUCCCCACUUGAGGCUUGAUGGGACCACAUCUAUUGGUAAGAGGCAAAAGUUGGUUAAUCGCUUCAAUGACCCAUCAAAGGAUGAGUUUGUGUUUCUUCUAAGCAGCAAGGCGGGCGGUUGUGGCCUCAAUUUAAUUGGUGGAAACCGACUUGUGUUGUUUGAUCCAGACUGGAAUCCUGCUAAUGACAAACAAGCUGCUGCGAGAGUUUGGAGGGAUGGGCAAAAGAAAAGAGUGUACAUCUAUAGAUUUCUGAGCACUGGAACGAUUGAAGAAAAAGUCUACCAGCGUCAAAUGUCAAAAGAAGGGCUUCAGAAAGUUAUUCAACAGGAGCAAACAAAUAGCCUUGCCACACAGGGGAACUUUCUUUCUACGGAAAACUUACGUGACCUGUUUACAUUUCAUGAAAAUGUUAGGUCUGAAAUUCAUGAAAAGAUGAACUGUCACCGUUGCCAAAUUCAUGAUAAUGAGCUGAGGAGUGAAGAUGGAAACGGAGACAAAUCAGUGAAUUGUGGUCAAGCUGACCAACAGGUUAAUGAUAUAGGUGGAUUUGCAAGAAUUACUGGAUGCUUGAAUAGGUUAAAGAGCUCAGAGAAUCAGGUAGGGACUCCUCUGGAAGAGGAUUUAGGGAGCUGGGGACAUCAUUUUAAUGCAGCAUCUGUGCCUGAUGCCAUACUUCAAGCUUCAGCUGGUGAUGAGGUUACUUUUGUGUUUACAAACCAAGUGGAUGGGAAGCUUGUACCUAUAGAGUCGAUGGAUAUUCAAAAGAUUCAGGGAAGGGAAAGAAACGAGGACCAAUUCAAAGUCAAAGGGAACCUCGAACGAAAUUCCAAGUUGUCUCAACAUCAAAACACUCCACAAUUUGUUUCUCCUGUUAGGGAUUCAAUGCGCAGCUCAUCUGCCUCUUCCAAGCCAAUGCAGAAAAUGGCUGUGAAAUCAACAAGAACUUUGAAAGGUGCGCGAACUGCUCGAAAGCCUAAACUUUAUCUUGGAAAUCAGUUACCUAUCAAAAGAUCAUCCCCUGAUACUGCAGGUCACAAUGAUGACUUUGAAUAAAAUUUUUGAUAGUAUAUACCUUAUAGUUUUCAAUUGUUCAACCAAUUUGUUUUGUACCAUGUAGUCUUUUAUGAUGUAAAUGGAUACAACUCCCAAUGUAUCUGAGUAUCACCAAAUCUCCCAAUGUACUAGAGUUUGCCUUUGGACUUGAUAGGUUGGAAGCUCCUUGUACUGUAGGUAAAAAAACUAUGGAAUGGAAGCCAUUGAUACGUGGAAUACUGGAAUUAUCUCUACUUAA